UAUUGUGAGUUGUAAAUUGCAUGAGAUUAAGAGCGUCUGUAAACGGAGGCAUUAAGAAAUCGAACCAUCCAACCAAGGACACGUUAUUUGGCGUCAUGGAACCCUGUGUACGUGACAUGUUCAAAUUAACUUUACUAUUUUGUAGUAUUGCAUUUGGAAUGAUUGCAGUCUACAUCGUACCGGUGUGCUUUAUAGUGUCUGUUGUAAUAGGACUCUGUUUAUGCCCACUUUAUGUAAGUGAGGCCAACAGUAUAAAAGUUCAUGGUUCAGGGGUGAAAACCGUCCAGGCUGCUUCAGGCCCCCUUCUUGCUCCAACAGGAUUCAACUUCAAUAACAAUACAAGGAUCAUGUUGCAUCAAAGGUUUCUGAGAAAGUCUCAGAUCCUGAGUGACGCUUCUUCGAAUGAGCAGCAUUCAUCAAAAUCUGCCUUGGAUGUGCUGAAGGAGAUCUCUCAUAGGCGCGUUCAUGUUCAGUUGGAUGAAAAUGAAGAUGAUGCAAUAAAGAGACCGUGGGGGGGAAGAAGAACAAAUCACCUUGGACCAUGGUUCAGACAUUCUACAAGUUCAGGGUCACAUCAAAGCUAUGCAAGCGAAAAAGAGAGGAGUCUCCUGACCAAAGUGAGGCAGGCUGUCCGGCCCAUAAGAAGCGGAAAACACAAACUCACAACAGUGAGACCUUGAGUUCACUCAGUUCGAGUGGAAACCUCUUGAACCCUACAAA